CCUCUCAAAGUCAUAUAUUUGAGAGAGACAUAGAGACAGAGAGAGAGAGUGAGAGAGGAUCUAAGAUGGCUAAUCUUAAAAGUAGCAGAUGCUACUUCUUGUUGGCUUUCCAGUUCCUUGUGUUAAUUCAAACCAAAGUCUUGUGCUACCAGUACAAGGUUGGAGAUUUGGAUGCUUGGGGAAUACCCACUUCGGCAAAUCCACAAGUCUACACCUAUUGGUCCAAGUAUCACACUCUCAAGAUUGGAGAUUCUCUCUUGUUCUUGUACCCACCAAGUCAAGAUUCAUUGAUACAAGUCACGGAACAAUCCUAUACUAGCUGCAACCUUACAGAUCCAGUACUGUACAUGAACAAUGGCAACUCUCUUUUCAACAUUACCGCAUAUGGGGACUUCUACUUCACCAGUGGAGAGAAGGGUCACUGUGAAAAGAAUCAGAAGCUCCACAUUUCAGUGUUAUCUGCUACUGCGCCUGCAUAUUCUCCUUCCAAUGGUCCUAGUGCAUUUUCACCCUCUUACCCCACUGUUUUUGGUUCAAUCCCACAACCACCUUCUUCUGCUUUAUCUGCUUCUUCUUCACAUUCGCUAAGCAUUCCAGUCUUCAUGGCAUCUCUUACUGGAUUUUUGGUAUGUGCAUUAGUCGGUGGCAUCAUGUGAAGAACAUGAUUAUUUAUUCUUUUUUUCCCACUUUGGUAUUGAAUUUUUUUUUUUUUUUGUCCCAUUCAUUUUGGUUCAUAAGUCUAUGUCAUAUUGGGGUAAUAUAGUUUGGAUUUCUUUGUAAUUCUUUAAAAGCAAUUUAAUACAGUGGUUUAAAUUC